GGGAUCCAGCCGCCGCUGCCCGGAACCUCCGAGGCUGCACAGCGAGCUGCUAUGUGUGAAGCCGAGAGCGGCUAAGGAGGGACCGGUUCCGGCUUCCGCACAGUCAUUCACCGCAGCGGAGAAGCCGGGCGGCCGCCGGAGGAGCGGGGCCAGAAAGAGAAAAAUGCCUAAAAAGAAGACAGGAGCACGCAAGAAGGCUGAGAAUCGUCGAGAACGUGAAAAGCAGAUAAGAGCUUCAAGGGGCAACAUAGAUUUAGCUAAACAUCCUUGUAAUGCUUCAAUGGAAUGUGAUAAAUGCCAAAGACGACAGAAGAAUAGAGCCUUCUGCUACUUUUGUAGUUCUGUUCAAAAAUUGCCUAUUUGUGCACAUUGUGGGAAAACAAAAUGUAUGAUGAAGUCUUCAGACUGUGUUAUAAAACACGCUGGCGUGUACAGUACUGGCUUUGCAAUGGUGGGUGCAAUAUGUGAUUUCUGUGAAGCUUGGGUCUGCCAUGGUAGGAAGUGUCUCAGCACACAUGCCUGUAUCUGCCCUCUUGCAGAUGCAGAAUGCAUUGAGUGUGAAAGAGGUGUCUGGGAUCAUGGAGGCAGAAUAUUCAGUUGCUCUUUUUGUCAUAAUUUCCUCUGUGAAGAUGAUCAGUUUGAGCAUCAAGCCAGCUGCCAAGUUUUGGAGGCAGAGACAUUUAAAUGUGUUUCCUGUAAUCGGCUUGGGCAGCAUUCAUGCCUGCGUUGUAAGGCUUGUUUCUGUGAUGAUCACACCCGAAGCAAGGUUUUUAAGCAAGAAAAGGGAAAAGAGCCUCCUUGCCCUAAAUGUGGGCAUGAAACUCAGGAGACAAAGGAUCUGAGCAUGUCAACACGCUCUCUGAAGUUUGGCCGGCAGACAGGAGGUGAAGAGGCAGAUGGAGCUUCUGGCUAUGAUGCCUACUGGAAGAACCUCUCAUCGGGCAAGGAUGGAGAUGCAGGUGAUCAUGACGACGAAUAUGAAGAGGAUGAAGCAGAGGAUGACGAUGAGGAAGACAAUGAGGAGGGAGGGAAGGAUUCGGAAACAGAGACCACAGAUUUAUUCAGUAACUUGAAUUUAGGAAGGACCUAUGCUAGUGGCUAUGCCCACUAUGAAGAAGCUGAAGACUAAGAUUACAUAGUGAGGAGCUAUAAAGCAUUUGGAAGACAUAAGUAUAGGAGUGCUUUAUGCGUGCCACUAGAAUAGCUCUGCCAGGCACUUAAGCUUCAACGCUUAUUAGGGAAAAAGGGCAUGGAACUUCUGUAGAAACUCAAGGUGAGGUUUGUGUGUGGGUGUGUGAAAGGUGAGGGUGUGCAGAGGAAAACUGGUUACUUGCAUGAAUAUAAACGUUCAUCUAAGUGGUUUUGAUCUCACGGUUACUGAGUGUAAUAGCUUAAUGUCUCCCCCCCCCCAAAGUUGGGAGUGUAGGAGGGUAAAGAGAUUUGUUUCCAUCUGUUCAUUAGAAAUUAAGUUAUUUUUCUUGAGUAAUUUUGACUGUAAUUCUGGAAUCAGAGUUCAUAAAUUAUAUGUAGUGGUGUAAAUGGGUGGCUGUAUCCAUUUUUGGCCUACAAAGUAAGAGUCAGCAGCAUUCUGUAGUGAGUUUUCAUAAAUAUUGAUCUGGACUGAGUACUUGGAAAGCACUUACUAUAGGCCUCUCAUGAGCUAAAUAUAAACUGAAAUUAAAAUAACUUUACCAUUUCAUGUAGGCGAGGCAGAUCAAUACAUUUCCCCAUAACAUAUUUCUUGAAGAUUAUCAUUCCAUGCCUUUUUGAACAUUAUACAUUAAUCAUAGCCAUUAUGCACAAUCACCUAUUGUGUCACCUACAUAGAUAAGAUCAAAAGGUUUAUUUAUCACAAUAAAAAUGUUAAUAUAUCCUUCCUACCCAAUAAAAGCCAUCACUUUCUUUUAGUAUAGUAUUGUCAUUGUUUGCAAAGAGGGGUCAAGAGGACGGUAACUAGUCUAUUCUGCCCCUUCACCAGCAUUGCAGCAGGAAGAAAUCAAAGAUUCAAUAAGAAUCACACCUAGGGUUUUUGUUACAAUAAGAUAACACUAGGGUGUUUGUGUUCUGUUGGAAUAGCACCCUAUUCCUUGUUGGAUACAAGACUGUCACAACCACACAAGAAGUGAUGCACGCUCUGGAGUGUCUUGCUGACACUAAUGACUUUAUAAAUCAAAAUAUUAGGAAUUAUUUGCUGCUUUUUCGAAAGUCAUGUGAUUCUUCCAAGAAACAGUUCCAACUUAAAUUGUUUAAAGUAAAAAAAUGGACCUGGAACUUGGUGUAACUCCAAAUAAAUAUCUUUUUUCCUUCCA